UUCUCGGCACGUUCGGCGAUCGUGGACGUCAAGGUGAACUCUCACUCGUGAAAUACGCGACCGUAGUCGGGAAAAUGAGUCGAUAGAUCGCCGAUCGACUUGGACCUCCAGCCUCUACCGCGGACGUUUUCAAAACGCGUUCCGCGAGGAACAUCGAAAACUUCUGCGUAACGACACACUCCGCAACAAAGUGACACAACAUUAAGUGACUAGUUUCUCCAAUGAUGAAAUUACUGGCAGGCGUGGAAGAAGUGACCAACCACAAAGAAAAGCAGUCCGACGAUGAGCAAACGUGCAACAAUAAUCAUGAGAUACAACACGCCACAGCCGAGUACACGCAGGAGACACUCAAGCUGCUUACUGGCGAGGUGUACCGGAGGGGUUCCAAGAAACUAGAGGAAUCGCCUAUCAAAGGCAAACUAACACUUGAAGAUGAAGAGAAAUUGAGACAGCUGCUUUCUUACAAAGAAGCUCCUGAGCAUCUUCAACAUAAUCCUUAUAUUCUGAACGGAUAUCGUGGGUACCUUACCACAAAAUUAUGCCUUGAAAGUAUAUUCUGGUGGACGAACGAAACAGUAAAUAUAUGGAGCCACAUAUUUGGGUGGAUGUUAUUCUUCGGUUUGACCCUGUACGAUCUUUGCCUACUGAAUAUUCAUGCGCCGAUGGGUGACAAAGUAAUCGUGGCACUUUUACUAAUUUGCUUUCAGGCUUGUAUGAUACUGUCCUCGGUAUAUCACACGUUUUCCUGCCGAAGUGAAAGAGAUUAUUGGUGUUUCCUUUCGUUCGACCUCUUUGGCAUCGCCUUAAGUCUUCUGUCUAUAUACAUGUCCGGAGUUUACUAUGCGUUCUGGUGUCAUAAGGAGUUGCAGAGGUUUUACCUGAUAACCGUGCUGGCAAUUUUUAUAUUUGCAAUGAUACUACAAAUACCAAAACUGAAUGUUAACGGGAACGUCAAGCUAGUCGUAUUUGUCGCUUGGGCGGCAUAUGGAGUGCUGCCAACGCUGCAUUGGAGUAUCGCAAUGGGCGGCAUGGACAACCCGAUCGUUAGGAUGUUACUGCCAAGGGUACUAGGAAUGUAUGUCAUUAGUGGUGGAGCGUUUGCCAUUUAUUUGACCAAAAUACCGGAACGCUUUUUCCCAG